CGCGUACAUGUAAAUGAUACUUGCGCCAAUCUACUGGCUUUAAUGUUUUUAUACAGAAAUGGAAAGUAUUUUAAUUUCAGAUGAUGAAGAUCCAGGUGUAAUCUGUAGAAUUUGUAUGUCUACUAUUAAUUCAAAAGAUAAAUUUUAUGAAGUUAAUAGUGAAAACGUAGGUUUUGAAAAUAAUACUCAAAAAUUACUGAAUGAAAAAUGUCUUCCUGAUUUGGGAACUGAACUGAAAUUAAACUCAAAAAUUUGCUCAAAUUGUUUUCACAAGAUGCCAAGUACAUUUCCAAUUAAAGACAAAUGUUUACCCACUGAAACAACACCAGAUAUUACAAUGGAGGUCAAGAAACAAGAAGAUGAAGUAAUAAAUGAAAUAAACGACAAUUUGUUACGCAAUGAAGAGAUCGACAAGAUUUGUAUUGGUGUUUUAAAGCACAAACCUAGACCCAUUACAUGUAAACAUUGCGAGUACAAGACUUCAAAUCCGUCUUUAUUAAAAAAGCAUAUUUCAUCCAAAUCGUGUGGAAAGAACACUAGUCUCCAUAAAUGUCCACGCUGUGAUUAUUCAACGAUUAGAAAGCGUCACCUUGUAAGACACAUGUUUACCCACGGUGGCAAAAAGCCCCAUAUCUGCGAAAUUUGUGAUAAAAGAUUUAGCGAGAGAACUCAGUUAAAAUAUCAUGUCUUCAGGCAUAUGGGGAAAGGUUCAUUUCAAUGUGGAUACUGUGAUGCGCAGUACCACAGGAAGCAGGACUUAAAAGUACACAUUUUCAGCAGACACAAAUAAUGUGUUAAUAAUGAUAUUAGUUCUAGAAUGAGUUGUUAUGUUUUUAAAGGAUAUAUGUUUUAUUUUUAUAUUAUAUUAUGUGCAAAAAUAUAUUUUGAGUUAAGAUAA